AUGGAUAUCCAGAUCGUGCGCGCACACUUCAACCGCUGCAAUGCGGAGCAAGACUCUGCGCAGCAAACGCUGGAGGCAUGUCCGGCCUUCGAGGCGCAAAGGCGCGCGCUCAGGGUCAGCAUCGGACCGGACCUGUUCCCGGCAGCCGUAGUAAAGGCGCUAGCAGCGAGAAAAGAGAAAUGGAAAGCGGUCUCCCUGUUCUGCGAGGAAGUGAUGACCACGAAGGAAAACGCUGAACGGGCUCGAGAAAUAAGCAUCGCAGCGCGAACGGGGAGACAGCGUCGCAGGACACAGUCCGGUCGCCGCAUCAGAGAUGAGACCAAUCCCUUCUGA